UGUUAGUGGGUUUCCUCCUCCCGUCCUUCUCUCCUCUCUGCAGGCUGCGCUCGGAGCUUCUCCUGACGGCUACAGCUCAGCGAUCAUCUUGAAAAACCUCCGAAGAUCUUCAAAAUGGCCAGCAGAGGAACUGUUAAAGCCAGUGCUAACUUCAACGCCAGUGCAGAUGCUGAAGUUCUGCAAAAAGCCAUGAAAGGAUUGGGGACCGACGAGGAUGCCAUCCUGCAGCUGCUGACUGCUCGCAGCAACGCCCAACGGCAGGAGAUCAAGGCGGCCUACAAGACUCUGUUUGGAAAGGAUCUGGUGGACGACCUGAAGGGAGAGCUGGGCGGUAAAUUCGAGACGCUGAUCGUGGCUCUUAUGACUCCGCCUCUCACCUACGACGUGACAUGCCUUCGGAAUGCCAUCAAGGGGGCAGGAACAGAUGAGAAGGUUCUGGUGGAGAUACUUUCCUCUAGAACAGCUCAGCAGGUGAAGGACAUAGUCGCUGCUUACAGACAAGAGUAUGACGACGACUUGGAGGAGGAUGUAUGUGGGGACACAUCGGGUCACUUCAAGAGACUCCUGGUGAUUCUGCUUCAGGCAAACAGGCAGACGGGAAUCCAGGAGGGCAACAUCGAAGCUGAUGCUCAGGCUCUGUUUAAAGCAGGAGAGGAGAAGUACGGGACCGACGAACAGUCGUUCGUUACCAUCCUGGGAAACCGGAGCGCCCAGCACCUGAGGAAAGUGUUCGAUGCCUACAUGAAGAUGUCUGGCUAUGAGAUGGAGGAGAGUAUUCAGAGGGAAACAUCUGGAGGCCUGAAGGACCUGCUCCUGGCAGUGGUGAAGUGUGCCAGGAGCGUUCCAGCCUAUUUUGCGGAGACUCUUUACUACGCCAUGAAAGGAGCAGGGACAGACGACAACACCCUCAUUAGAGUGAUGGUGAGCCGCAGUGAAGUCGACUUGCUAGACAUCCGAGCUGAAUUCAGGAAGAUGUUUGCCUGCUCUCUGCAUUCAAUGAUCAAGGGAGACACCGGCGGUGACUACAGAAAGGCUCUGCUGUUGCUCUGCGGCGGAGACGAUGCGUAACUCCACCAGCAGGAACCUGGAGCGCCUCCUCAUAUAAACUUAUCUUGUUUUGAGUGAGAGAGCAUAUCCAUCAGGUCUUAUGAAACCAAAUAGUCUUUGGAAGGUAGCUAACAUUUUGUCCACAUUAAUGCAGUCUUUUCUACUAAUAUUAUUCAUUUACAAAACCGAAGGACCAGAUUCGUUGUUUUUCUUUGCACUUUGUAUGUCGGAACCAACAUAUGCAACUUUAAAUGUUCCACUGAAUAAAGAUCGACUGAGUUGAUUGAU